CCUAGCGAUCUCAUCAUGGCGGAGACCUCCGCCCACGGCGCCAUCCGCCUCGAAUCCUCCAGCGGCGACCCUCGGAAUCGCGCCAAAAGAAGCCGACCUCCUCCUCCUAUGGGCGCUAGGGAUCUCAUCAGUGACUUGCCAGACGCCGUGAUCCACCACAUCUUCUCCUUCCUGCCCCUCGAAGACGUCGUCAAGACCGGCGUCCUCUCCAAGCGCUGGCAGUCCACCUGGACCACCACCGCCCACCUCGUCUUCGACGACCUGCGGCCUCGCGAUCUCGAAACCUACUACCCGGACUUCCCGUCCCUCGUCGACAGCGUCCUGAUCCGGUGCACCUCGCCCGCGGUGAAGAGGUUCCACAUCACCAUCUCGAAGCACUACGAGGCCUACUGGCCCAAGUUCGAUCUCUGGCUCCGCUUCGCGGAGGGGCGCCGCGUGGAGGAUCUCCGCCUACGUCUUGAUGCCCAGCAGGAGUGCUUUUAUAAGCUGCCGCGGUUCUUGUACUGCUUGAGUCGGUUGGUGCGCCUGGAGGUCUGGAGCUGCUUUCUUUCGUUGGGUACUGCUGUUAGGUGGCCUUGUCUCAAGGUCUUGUUGUUAGGAUGUGCGGAGAUGAGUGAUGAUAUCCUGGAGGGAAUUGUCAGGGGAAGUCCUGUUCUAGAGUCCCUUGAGUUGAACUAUUGCGGGGGCGUGAAGAACAUUAUAAUACAUUCGACAAGUGUGAAACAGUUAAUACUUGUCGACGGCGGGUUUUCUGACUUGGAGAAAAUUUGGGCCCCGCAUUUGCUGUCCCUGCGGGUAUCAGGGAUUUGGUGUCUUCAUUCCAUGUUCAGACUUGACGACAUAUCUUCUUUGGUGGAAGCCGACUUAGAUUUUUGGGUGUCUGGUGACGGGAUAGGCCGCGACUUGUUAAAGGAACUUCUUGAGAAGCUGCGCGGAGUUUCUACUAUCACCAUUGGCCAUUGGUGUUUGCAGGUUCUGUCCGCUUUGGAGAUAGAAGGAGUGUCAUCUCCAUUGUCAAAAUGUCAGAAUCUAAUACUACACGCACCGGUUAGUCAAUGGGAACUUCCUAGGAUAGCAUACAUACUACGAAGUUCACAGUGCCUGGAAAAAUUAGCCAUACACCUGACUUGCUCUUGCAUAUUUAAGUUUAAGCUUGACGAAGAAUCUACAGAACGUUUUAAUGAAGAUCUUUUGUCAUGGAAGGGGAACUUCCAAUGUUUGGCGAAACAUCUCAAGAGGGUGGAGAUCAUCGGUUUUGCUGUGAGUUUGGGGUCGAAACAUCUGCUCGCCCUGAUUAAGUUUCUUCUUGGUGAUGCACUCGUGCUGGAGAAGAUGAUUAUUAAGGUUGAUUUACAUGCACAACGUGGACAAAAACAUCUUGAAGCAGCUGAUCUUUCCAAACUACUUGGUGUGUACCUAGAUGUGCUCAGCUAUCAAAGAGCUUCCCAAAAUGCUGAAGUUAUCUUCAAUUAUUCUUUGGAAGAGGUGUCCUUUUAAAGUUUAAAAAGCAUAUGAAGAAGAUUUGGGUUUCUAAACUUGGACGAGCACUACACUGCUCAUUCUUGUUCACUCUCUUUUGAUAGUAGACUUACAAGAACUACAUGACAGUAUUGGGUUUUUAACAUGUACCUAAUUUACACUUCUUUCCAGUUUAGUUUAGUUGUAAAUAUGAACCUCCUGAGGAAAGAGGUUAAUAGUAGGUGUUUUUGAUUAUGGACAUAUGAAAGGGUGUUUUGGUUAAGAUAUUGCUAA